UUCUACAAUUCUAACGUUAUAUUGACGUCUUUCUAAUUCACCAUUAUUAUUCAACCUGAACUACUAUCAGCGUUUACGUUUUAAAUGUCUAGGAACGACGCCGCAUUUCGCACGGCCAGAAGCAUUGUUACCGCUGGACACUGCUGUUAAUACAUGCAGAAUGAAAACCCAUUGUGUUCGCCAUGACUUUGAGAUCGACGCUGUAUCCUAACACGGGAUUCAAGCUGAACGCUGACACAAUCGACUUUGAGAAAAAGAUUGGUAUCUCUACCGCGAGUCCCGUUAGCCUCAAGAGAGAGACCUGUGACGUGGUACUCAAUGUUCAGGGGGUUGACAUCCCCACUAAGUCCACGGGCUUAGACCAGAAUUACACAACGAGCGAAGUUACCAGCGCUGCCACAGUCGCAGAAGUACUUCAAGAGGACAAGACAACCGCGGGGAUACUGUCCCCAGUCAGACAAAUGGGGGGUGAGGGAACCCCAGUGAAAAGCAAACCUCUCCCCAUUGACAAUAUGGAUAACCCACAGAUGGCAAUAAACAAUAACCCCAAGGAAGUGGGUGGUGGUGAUGAGAGCGCAAAGGGGGUCGGCCCCGGGGUCCUGGGCACCGCGUCUAUCGAGCUCAGUACGGAGGGCAAGUGGCGGAACAUCCGGAAGUCCCCGCCCAAUCCACAAUCUCAAGCCAACUGCUUACGGCAGAUUCUCCUCCUCCAACUGGACCUCAUCGAGCAACAGCAGCAACAGCUUCAAUCGAAAGACAAGGAGAUCGAUGAGCUCAAGGCCGAAAAAGAGACUCUGCUGGCACGGAUCGAGCGCAUGGAGCGCCGCCUGCAGCUCACCAAGAAGGACCCCCGCGACAAGCGUCUGUUCCAGCCGCUGGAGCCCUGGACCCCCGAUAAGGACGACAUGUGGGACCUGGAUGUGGAGGAGAGCCCGCAUUCGGAGCAGGCCACGCCUCUUGCAUUCAGCCGAGGCGGCAAGGGCCAGAAGAGGAAAAUCUGCUUCGGGGAUCCAAAGCUCCAGAAGCAGCGGGGCAAGUGCCCCAAGUCCAGCCCCCAGAAGCUGGAGAUGCGGCCCGGCUCCCCCUACCACCGCGAGCUGCGCAGCAAGGAGACUCCUGAGAAGGCGGGGUCCAUGAGGCUAGGCCAGGAGAGAGACUCGCUGCUUCCCUGCAAAGAGGAACCCGAGAUCUGCUCGCUGAUGGAGGAGCUGCCCUUCAUGUGCACCACGGAGAUGUACCUGUGCUGCUGGCACCAGCCACCCCUGUCCCCGCUGAGAGAGACGUCCCCGAAGAAGGAGGAAGAAGUAGCCAGUGAGUGGACCCAUUGCAUACACUCAGUCCUUUUUAAUAUGAAUAUCGCUAUUUAUCAUUAUGAAGAAAAUGAAAGGUUUUACAAAUUCAUAAUAAAAAACUAUAUUUUCUCUUUCUCAGUUCCUUCCUGGAGGGAGAACUGCAUGGAGCCCCUGGACUCAGACGAUCCUAGUAGUAUCCCAGAGGCGCUGGAUGACAAUGUAUACCUGAAGCGCCACCUGAAGCUAGAGUUGGAUGAGAAAAGGAGGAAACGGUGGGAUAUACAGCGGAUUCGGGAGCAGCGCAUGUUUCAGCGUUUGCAGCAGCGCAUGAACAAGAAGAAGGUCAGAGAACCGGAGGGGGAACCUGAGCUCUCCUCCUUCUACCCCGACUCUGAGGACGUCGAGUCAAUAGUCAUCACCCCCUUCCUCCCGGUGGUGGUGUUUGGGCGACCACUACCAAAACUCACACAACAGAUCUUUGAGUUGCCGUGGCUCGACGACCGAAGCCGCUGCCGCAUCGAGGUUCCCAAAAAACACACCCCCCAUCGGACCUGUCGGAAGUGACACCGCAGCCACGAAGGAACAUUGUUACUCCAUUCCCAGCUCUUACUUGUUCUCCUCUGGGCAGAACUGGCCUGUUUCAGUAUCUGGCUAUCACAACAAUUCUCACUCUGUGAAAGAGGAUCCUACUUAUCUGAACAUCACAGACCAGCUGAUCUCCAGCCAAAUGCUGGAACGCAAUGCAGAUCUGGAAGUGGCUGCACCACUUAUUAACCAUACUCAAUUCUGUCCUAACUUAUGUGUCUGAAAAGGAGACUAAAUAGAUGUUGUCCCACUAUAUUUCUCUUUGUUAACGGUAAAGUUAAAGCAUCCUUCAGCUGCGGUUUAUUUCUACAAAUGGAAAAACAAAAGCAUAUGCAUGUCUUGUGAGACAUUUGAAAUACAUUUUGUGAAAUCUGAGCCAUCCUUAAUUGAUUUGUAUGACAUGACUGUGUAAAUUGUAUUGCUUGAAAAAAGAAUUAUAUCCUAGUCAAGUAGGCAAAAACUAAAGAAUUUAUAGAAAUAUCCUGGCGGCCUUCAGAGGGUGUUUUAUUUUACAUUU